CUGAAGUUCCCAGAAUCCUCCAGCACUUCCGGUUCGCUCCUCGCUUCUCCUCCUGCCACUCGGGUGUUUCCAGGCUUGUAUUCUGAGAUAAAUACCAGAUAAAUAACGAUGUCUCUGGAGGUGGAAUCAGCAGAUGUGAUCCGUCUGAUCAUGCAGUACCUGAAGGAGAACAACCUGCAGAGGACGCUGGUGACGCUGCAGGAAGAAACCACCGUCUCUCUGAACACCGUGGACAGCAUCGAGAGCUUUGUGGCCGACAUUAACAGCGGACAUUGGGACACGGUCCUGCAGGCCAUCCAGUCCCUGAAGCUGCCCGACAAAACCCUCAUAGACCUCUACGAGCAGGUGGUGUUGGAGCUGAUCGAGCUGAGAGAGUUGGGUGCAGCUCGAUCCCUCCUCAGACAGACCGACCCCAUGAUCAUGCUGAAGCAGACGCAGCCGGAGAGGUACAUCCACCUGGAGAACCUGCUGGCUCGCUCAUACUUCGACCCCCGAGAGGCGUACCCAGACGGCAGCAGUAAAGAGAAACGGAGAGCAGCCAUCGCUCAGGCUUUAGCUGGAGAAGUGAGCGUCGUCCCUCCCUCUCGUCUCAUGGCUCUGCUCGGACAGUCUCUGAAGUGGCAGCAGCAUCAGGGCCUCCUUCCUCCCGGGAUGACCAUCGAUCUGUUCAGAGGGAAAGCAGCCGUGAAAGAUGUGCAGGAGGAGGCCUUCCCCACGCAGCUCAGCAGACACAUCAAGUUUGGACAGAAGUCUCACGUUGAGUGUUCCCGGUUUUCCCCCGACGGUCAGUACCUGGUGACGGGGUCUGUGGACGGGUUCAUCGAGGUCUGGAACUUCACCACCGGCAAAAUCAGAAAGGAUCUGAAGUACCAGGCCCAGGAUAACUUCAUGAUGAUGGACGACGCUGUGCUCUGCAUGGGUUUCAGCAGAGACACGGAGAUGCUGGCCACCGGAGCUCAGGACGGGAAGAUUAAGGUGUGGAAGAUCCAGAGCGGUCAGUGUCUGCGCAGGUUUGAGCGUGCUCACAGUAAAGGAGUCACCUGCGUCUCCUUCUGCAAAGACAGCAGCCAGCUGCUCAGCGCCUCCUUCGACCAGACCAUCAGAAUCCACGGACUGAAGUCAGGUAAAACCCUGAAGGAGUUUCGAGGUCACACGUCGUUUGUGAACGAGGCGACCUUCACUCCAGACGGACAUCAUGUGAUCAGCGCCUCGUCGGACGGCACCGUGAAGAUGUGGAACAUGAAGACCACCGAGUGCUCGAACACCUUCAAGCCUCUGGGCACGUCGGCUGGAACAGACAUCACGGUGAACAACGUGAUCCAACUGCCCAAAAACCCUGAGCACUUUGUGGUGUGCAACCGCUCCAACACCGUGGUGAUCAUGAACAUGCAGGGACAGAUUGUGAGGAGUUUCAGCUCCGGUAAGAGGGAGGGAGGAGACUUCGUCUGCUGCACUCUCUCUCCUCGGGGCGAGUGGAUCUACUGCGUGGGAGAGGACUUCGUGCUCUACUGCUUCAGCACCGUCACCGGCAAGCUGGAGAGAACGCUGACG